AAGCCCUCUCGCUCGCUGAGCCCACCUACUUCCACUCUACCGCCUCGCCCGACUCCACUGCUCCCCUCCCCUCCACCGCCUCGGCGGAGCGCUAAAGGCUAAACCCUAGGCCUCGCCGGCGGCGGAGGCGAGCUGCGAUGUCGCACUUCGGGAGGUCGGGGCCGCCGGACAUCCGCGACACCUUCUCGCUACUCGUCCUCAACAUCAGCUUCCGCACCACGGCCGACGACCUCUUCCCGCUCUUCGAGCGCUACGGCAAGGUUGUCGAUGUCUUCAUCCCGAGGGAUCGAAGGACCGGGGACUCGAGGGGUUUCGCGUUCGUGCGGUACAAGUACGCUGACGAGGCGCAGAAGGCUGUAGAUCGGCUUGAUGGACGAAGUGUGGAUGGGAGGAACAUCAUGGUGCAGUUUGCCAAGUAUGGCCCCAAUGCGGAGCCAAUCCGUAAAGGAAGGGUAAAAGAGGUGGUUGAGAAAUCACGAGAUAAGUCAAGAAGCUGUAGUCCAAGGGCAAGGCACAGAGACAGGGAUUGUAGGAGGCGAAGUCGCAGCAGGAGCAGAGAAAGGCAUGGCCGUGAUAGGGAGAGGGACUAUCGUCAUCAUAGCAGAAGCAGAAGCAGAAGUCCAAGUUCAAGCCCUGACUACAGAAGUCGUCGUAGGGCAAGAGAUGAUGACAAGCGCAGGAGCAAGAGUAGGAGCAGAAGCAGGAACAAGAGCAGGAGUAGGAGCAGAAGCAGGAGCAAGAGCAGGAGCAGAAGCAGGAGUAGAAGCCGCUCAUACCAUAGUGCUUCACCUGCUCGGCAAAGUACUAGUCCACGCAAGAGCCCAGCACGACAAAGGAGGCCCACUGACAAAAGUCCUGAAAAGCAGACCAAUGGAAAAGCGUCACCUCCAUCAUGCAGUGCUUCUCCAUCACCAAAGCGUGCAGGCUCACUUAGUCCUGGCAGCGAUAGCAAGGAAUAAAGCUUGUUGAUCUGGUGAUGCCUAAGAACAAUCUUUCCAUAGCAUUGCAGAAGGUUCGCUGAGCACAAUGGGAGUAGCACUCAACUGCUAUUCAAGGUUGCUAGUUGUUCGUAAUGGUUUCUAUAAAUGUGUUCUCCAGUUGCCAAAAUUAUGUUGUUGGCUUGUAUUUCGACCUCUAUUGUGUUUUCAUGCAUUUCUACUGCAUCGACUACUUUAUAUGCGUUAGACUUCUUGAUACUAUCGUAUUAACUUGUUAAAACAUUAACAAGUACAUGACUUCUUGAUACUAUCGUACACAAUAGUAGCACUCUAUUGUGUUUUCAUGCA